AGUGUAACAUUAGAUAGCUUCUGGUGACAGAUAAGGAAAGAGAGCAGCUCAGCACAGAAUUCAGGUAUGUCUUCUUUGCUAACACUUACUGACACUUCCAAAAUGAAUUCUGACUUGGAAAAACUAUAAUCUUCUUAAAUUUUACUAUGCUGAAAAUAUAUAUAAUGCUGUUUAUUUUUAUUAAUUUUUUGUGGUUGUUUUUUUAUAUAACAAGUUUACGGUUGUGUAAAUAUAUUUAUUUAAUAUAUUAAUCAUACAAAAUUUUUGCUUGUCGAAGAUUAUGUUUAAAGGUGAUUUAAAGAAAAAAAUGGGUUUUUUUUUGUCUGUAGCAAAUGAAGCGUGUAUCCAUAUAUACUUUUUGAAUACCCUUUUCUUACACCAAUUUAAAUUAUGGUCAUUUUUGUCAGUGUUUAAAUUGGUGAGAGGCAAAAAUGAUUUUUCUGUUCUUUUGGUUACAAGCUGAAAUAUCAUUUAGUAAGCAUGAUUACUGGCUUCUGUAACGUUUGAGAUCGAUAAUGUGUUCCUAAUUUAUAUGUUGUUCUUGACCUUUUGAAAGAUGAGAACUUGUUUCCUUGCCAUUUAGGACCUUCAAUAUAUUCGAUGCUAUACGUCAUAUAAAGUUCUGUUCUAUUUCACCUUUAUUAUAGGACAACUUAAAUAUUAACCCCUUAAGGACACAACUUCUGGAAUAACAUGGAAUCAUGACGGAAUAUUUCCGUCAUGUGUCCUUAAGGGUUUAAAGACGCUUUCAGUGAUCUUCUCAGACUGAAUCUAUAGUACUGAUGUCCUUUGCCUACAAAUGGCUAAUUAUUAAUAGUUUUAAGAUACUAGUGUUUUCAAAUUGGCUAAUGAUGAGUGUUUUUUUUUUUUUUUAAAUGAGUUGAUUUAUAUUUUUUGCUCUCUAGAAGAGAUGAAGAGAUGUCUAAAUGAACCUCCACUGCAGAAUUGGGUUGAACUGAAACACUCAAGUCUAAAGUGAAUAUGUUCAACUAAUAGUAAAUAUACCUUCUUCAAGGAUAGACUAAGCAUUUUUGUAGCCUGACUUUGACAAAUAGAAGAAUUUCUAUAAAGUUGGAGAGAAAUAGGGAGCAAUAUUAAAACCAGACUUUAACCUUUCUAAAGCAAGAUUAAGUAGAUAUGCAUGAUUGGAUUUUUUUUCCCGUCUUCCUUGUCAUGCAUCUUAACCCAACAUGGUUUGAAUAUACAGUAUACAGAAUCCAUAUGAAUUAAAACUAAGCAAAAAACAUGCCAUUUUCAAAAAAUUUUAAAGGAGGAUAGGACAAAGUAUUGGUACUAAUUUAUAUAGGUGACUUAGGUUAUAAAUGCCUCACAUGUGCAUCUCCCUUCCUUCACUGUCAGGUUAAUUUGCUAAAUCAAGAAUUGUUGAUUAUCGAGGUGGUCUGUUUAAUUGUUGACUCUAUAAGGAGUUCUAGCCACUGUUUACAAGAGUGGAAUGGAGAAUGCUUGUCAAACGUUCCACUGUUUCCAACAGACGUUUGCUAUGUGAAACCCAUUUGUUGGCUCACAAAAAGCCAGGUCUGUUAAUCCCUCCAUGCUUUCAUUAUUAUUUGGCUGCCAUUUAAGUGAUGAAUUUAACUAAAUCUCUGUGUUCUUUGUUAAUUAGGCUAUUCAAAUGAUUCUUGUUGUUUCCAUUUGAUCUAUCUAAAAAUAACUGGGAUCUAUUCGGUUUGAAUUCAGCCAAAAUAGAAUUUUAUGAUUUUGUCUUCAAAAGUUAAAUUCCAUGGCCAAUUCACAAUUUUGUAAAUAACCAUGUGGAUGUUGUUUGGUGCAGACGAAUCUUUGCAGUUGCAAAAAAAAUAAAAGGAAAAUGUUUUUUUUGAGAAGGUUUUCUGAGAAGCAUCUCUUUUGUAACUUGUUUUGUGUGGUUCAAGCUAUUUGAGCCCAUCCUUCCUCAGGAAUGCACACAUCUGUGAUACAUAUUAUAGCACUCUAAAUAAAUAUCAUAACCAUUUUAGACCACACUGGCAAAUAACACAGGCUCUCUCAUAGCCGAUAAACUGGGCAUACUGCUGCAGCUCUGGUACUACAGAAGGUAAAUUCUUUAUUUGUCAUCCAACUUUAGAGGCCAUUAUAGACUGAGUAACAUGCGCCCAGCCAAAGCUGCCAAGUAGAAUCUGUUUUUUCCUUCGGAACCUAAAGAUCAGAAUGUUUGACACUAACCUGGCAGAUAGCUUUGAAAACUCUUUGCACCUUAACCACUAGAGUAAGCUGUAGUGGUAAUGAUGCUUAAAGUACCCCUUUAAAAUUAUUUACAUCCAGUUUUCUGAGGAAUGGCUUUUAAACAAUUUCCCAUCAAAGUCUUAUUCAUUUCAGUAUAUACCAAUGUUGCCAUGCCAAGCGACUAGCUUACAGUAUACUAAUGGGUCUAAAUACCAAAUAAUUAAAAGAGUUAUUUGGUAUUCACUCUAUUAUUGAGUAAAAGUGAGCCCAACUGCUACUCUGGUGAAUGUUCCAUUAAGUUACCAAUUUCCAAACCAAGAACUAUACCACUAUUGCCACUUAAAGGUGGUGUGCCAGUUCAAAAGUCUUUCUUAGCAUUCUUUGUUUCUCAUGCCUUACAAUAACACUGUCAAAGUGUUUUCAAUAUGAAUUUUUUAAGUGACUAAACCAUUAUUCAGUAUUUCUAUUCCUAAACUUUUCAGGUUCCUUCUGCCUCCAUUGAAGGAUAGAGCCUAUCAAAAAAUCGAAGAUUGUAUCAUGUCCCAGGUGAUACCCAAUCAUGUGUUGCGUGUGGGGCAAACCGUUUCAUUGGCAUCCAAGGAUGAAAGUGACCCUUUCAGACAAGGUGUACAUCCAAUGUGCAUCUCCAUGAACAAUAAAUGCUCUUACUUCACCACUGAGAGAUAUACGGGACAGGUCACAACACAAGUCAAUGGUCAUGUGUUGCCCAACGCAGCUGUAUAUGGAGAGAAGAAUCAUGUCCACGGAACAAAUUUCAGGGUAGCAGAGAAAGGAUCUCACCGCAGCAGCCUGCCUGAACAAAACAGGGUACCAGGAGGUAUGAUCCGCAACAAUUAUGUUGCACAGCAAUCAACAAAUACUGAAGUCUGUGAUGAAGGAGACCCUAUAUCUCCUUCAUUGGAUAUCUCCAUUGAUCAUUUAAACCAACUCAUUUUACAGUUGGACCCUACAUUCCAACCCUUGCCGAUCAAAACUGAGCAGUUCUAUAAUAGUUCAAAACAGUUCUCUUCUUCAAGUCAGGUGUCUUCAUCAUACAAGCCAGAGAUUUCGAAGAUGUCAAGUUCACCGGGUAAGGAUGUGUCUUAAAAGAUGCAGAGAAAUUAAGUAUAAACCCUUUUUACCACCUUGUUAACCUGACUACUGUAUGCUUAUAAAAUCUAGAUGUUAUUCCCCAUACCAUAAGAGGUGCUGUACACUUAUAAAUAUGCAAAAAAUAUUUUAAUUGUUAUCUUAUAGUAGUAAUAACAAAUAUUAAUUUGUUUCUUAAACUAACCCAGGCAAUUAAUGAAGACACAUUAGCAAAUGAUGGCAGUUUUUCCAUAAUGGUUUUCAACUUUAACAAUGUCCUACCCAAAUGUUGACCAUUGCAAGUUUCUGUUCCACUUUGAGCAAUAUAUGUACAAUAUAUAGAUAUAUGGACUGGUCAGUGUAACUCGGUUCUGACAUCAUAUCUUUAGCCUUGUCCUAAUGUGUAGAUGCCAGAACUACAUGACGGAUUUUGAGAUAAUUUGGGACAUAAUUCUAAAAGUAGAUCAAUUAUCAUAAAUCUAGUGUAAACUCUCCAAUGAUUGCUAUGUACUGAGGACUUUAAAACUGCAAUGUAUACAUUAACGAUGUGCAUUAUUUGACAUUUUUAUAAAAUGUGCCUUUUUGUGUUAAAAACAAAACAAAAAACUACCAGCUAUCAAAGUACAGACUUUGAAAGUACAGACUCUUCUUUAAAAGCAGUGAAUGCUUUCUUAGUUUCUACAGGAAGAACUUUCAAUGCACCCUUUUAAAUUUAAACAAACAGAGUCAUAGUCAACAAACCAAUAGCGUAUGAGCUGUAGGGUUUAGCAAAAAAAUAGUUGAAGUGAUGUAGAGACUUGUUAUGUUGUUGUUAGUGAUGAAAUAUAAUGCCUGGAAGGUUAGUUUGUUCAAAUAAAAUUAACCCAACCCAUUGAGUUGGCUUCAGCUAUAAAAUAAGACGUUUGUAUUACGGGAAAGACCCACGCGUGAAUAAUCAUCACAUGUUCCAGGAUUUUGCCUUCAGGGGCAGGUGGGAUUCUGAUGUCAUGUGGAACACAGCAUGACAUUACGAUAACAUGGCAACAGUUGUUAAACGGAUGUAAUGUAAAUAACAUGAAGGAUUGUGGGAACAUGUUAAGGCUAAUAUUGGACAAGGAGAUCAUUUGUGAUAUAUGGCACAAGCAUCUAUUGACAGAAGGCCAUUUUACCCCGAGACUUAAAGCGGCACUGUCACCAUCUGGGGACCUUGCAUAACUUGCAAAGAUCCCCAAUGAUGACAUCACUGAUGGGGGUCCGGUGGCCGGCUGGUGGCAUGCAAAGAUGAUUUUACCUAACUGACCUGAACCUACCUGUUAUGCCAUCUUCUUUCAGCCAGUACAGCAUUGGAGUGGAGUGUACCUCGAGACCGUGGUAUCUCCCAUAGGCAGCGCCAAAUCCCUGCAGUCGUCAAAGGCGUCAGCUCCGCCCAUUGUCUAAAAGUCUCAGGAGGAGGAAAAAUACUGAGAAAAAGUAGCCUUUUUGACUUGGGUAGAAUUUUUGUGAAAUUCCAAAACAGUCAAUAAAAGUAUUUCAUAAAGAUUUGAUCUUUUUUAUCUUUUGCUGGGGGGCGACAGUGCCUCUUCAAGGCGUCACCUUGUCUAUUACAGAACCUAAGGCAGUAAAGAUUUCUAUUAUCUAUGUUUUGUAUUAUAGGGCGAGUGACAUGCCACAAAAAAAGCCCUGGGGACUGUUGGGUUUUUAAACAAGAAAAUGUAUAGUCUUAAAGGACCACUAUAGUGCCAGGAAAACAUACUCGUUUUCCUGGCACUAUAGUGCCCUUAGGGUGCCCCCACCCUCAGGGUCCCACUCCCGCCGGGCUGGAUGGAGAGGAAGGGGUUAAACUCACCUCUUUCUCCAGCGCUGGGCGGGGAGCUCUCCUCCUCCUCUCCUCCUCCGUUACGCUCCGCCGGCUGAAUGAGCAUGCUUGGCAGGAGCCGCGCGCGCAUUCAGCCAGUCCAUAGGAAAGCAUUCACAAUGCUUUCCUAUGGACGCAGGCAUCUUCUGACUGUGAAAAUCAGUGAGACAGCCACUAGGCUUGAUUAACCCUAACAUAAACAUAGCAGUUUCUCUGAAACUGCUAUGUUUAUAGAAAAAAGGGUUAACCCUAGAUGGACCAGGCACCCAGACCACCUCAUUAAGCUGAAGUGGUCUUGGUGCCUAUAGUGGUCCUUUAAACAUAGACAAAGCACUGUCUGUCACCACCACUCAAACAUAUGACAAUGCUCAGAGGACUAGUUGACUAUGGAAUAUUGUCUAUUUAUGUCACUUUGCAAUUCGUCCACAUUUAGCCUGAUCAGGUGAUCAUUUGAAUGCUCAACUCCAAGCUGAAAGGUACCUUAUACAUAUAUAAAUAUAUAUAUCAUGAUCCUCCUGUUUCCCCUCCAUUGGUCACUUAAUCUCAAUUGAUCUGUAAACCAAAUGGUAGGAAUAUGUUAAUAUCAGUCUACUGCAAAAUGUAUAUAUAAUAUUAUAUUAUCUAAAUAUUUUUCAGUACACUGAUUGGCCCAUUUUGGUUUUCCUGACUCGGUUCCCAAACCAGUUUUUUUGGACCAAAAUGCAGGCAUCCUGAAAAAUGUUCUGUCUUCGGGUAAAAUGGUUUGAGCAAGCUGAAUUUUCAUCAUCGUGCACAAGUCUGUUUUUCAACAUACAUGGCAACAGUGGUUCAAAUAUGAUGGUGAUCUGUUGUACCCCUGAAAAGUAGACAUUAUUUGGGACUGCUCAGGAAAAGCUAUCUGUUCUAUCUGUGUUCAGCUGUGUUCUGUUACUCUGAUAUGAUAUUCAGUAACACACAGCACAAGCUCUUACAGGCCCCAGCAUGCUUUAACAUAAAGACUCUUCAGAUGUUUACAAUGACAGCAGACCAUUCCUUUUUACAGUCAUUACUGAACAAAUGGCUGGUUGUCAUGGUAAUGCUGGCAGAGGAUUCAGAGGAAUGUAAGUUCUGUAAUAAUUUUAAAAAUAAAUAAAUAAAAAGAAGUAUUUCCAGAAAGUAGAAAAUGUUGGAAUCUCACGAAAUGCAAUUAUUUCAAAUCACGGAGGGACUAAAGCUAAAAUAAAUUACUUCUAAUAUAAAUAUAUAUAUAUUUUAUUUUGUCCUUAAAUGGUCAGCUUAAUGCCCUUUUAAUUUAAAUUCAGUAAUUCUGAAAAUGGGUCAACUUACAGAAUCUAAAUAUUUCUUUGUCUCUCCUCAAAGGUAGUUUGUAAUGCAUAUUUAGUAUAGAGUGUUAAUGAUAUAAUGAUUAAUGUUAUGGGCACUAUUAAUCCAUUCUUAUAUUUUCCUCCACUUUUUUUUCCAGAGAUAAAAUGUGUGAAUGUUCAUAGUGAUCCCAGAAGAAAUUUGUGUCAAGAGAACAUUCAAAGAUCAGCAAGUCCUACUCCAAAUUCCGAAGGCAUCUUAAUCUCCAGAGGAACUCAAAGAGACAACUGUACAACUAAUGGCAAUGUUGUCUUCAAUGAGACUCAUUCACAUGUAAAUGGAUAUCUGGAUCGACACCAAAGCCCAUCUACUGGAAGUUACAACCAGAUGUCAGAGGGCAUUGCCAUCCCACAUCAGAGAUUGAACCAUUAUAAUACCAACAUUUCUUCAUCCAUGGGUUCAGAAAACAUUUCAUAUCCCCUGUACCAAUUUCGAAAUUAUGACGUCUCCAGCAUGUCCAACAGUCCAGGUUCUGAUACCAGCUACAUUCUGGGAAGGUGAGCUAAGAUACACACUAGUAAACUAGAGGAACUUUGGUAUAGGAGAGUUGUAAUAAUAAAUACAUUGUAUGAAAAGUGUUCUGAGAGUUUCGCUUCAAUGCAAACAAAUAUUUUGUAGAUAAUCAUAUAAGCAAAUUGUUGGGUCAAUAACCGCCCAUGUUAACAGAAUCAUAAAUCUGACAACAGAUAAGUUCUACAUUAAAGUACAGAACAAAGCCAACGCAUUUAAUAUCUAAUAAGGAACAUGAUGAUAGGUACAUACAAUCAAUAUAUUUUGCAGCAGAAGAGGAAUGGUUGAGAAAUACAAACCAAGAAUUUGAUGGCUGAUAAGUGCUAUCUGGCGAGAAACAUAAAAUGAAUGUAGUUGACCGACAAUAAUAGACAUGUUGAUAGGUACAGAGAAACAAUGUUUUUUUUGUAGACAACAGCUGUUUUGAUCACAGAGUAUGUAAAUAUAUUUCUUCUGUUAUCUGCUUCUGAUAUUUUUUAGUGCUUUGCCUUGUGUUGUCCAAAAUAGACCUAUUCAUGGUUAAACAGCCUUAAUUACUCUGUCUGUUAUACGUAACAUGAUCAAAUGGUAUUGUCAGAUGAAAUUGUAUCUCUACAUAUAACUAGUUGACGGCUAGUAAAUAUUUCAAAUAUAACACGGAAGAAUUUGUACUUGGAAGUUAUGAAGUUAUUGUAGAAAAAUAAACAAAAUACCCUAUAUAAGGUUACUUGUUAUGGGUGGAGCCGUUCAUUAAUACAACUUGUGCAUAUGCCAUGUGAUAUUUAUAUUCUCUUCUCUAAUCUGAGUGAACCAGAUUAGAAAAAAUGUAGUUUAAUCAUCAAUUUGCGUGCAAUGUUAUCAGAAAAGCUAUAAUAUGCUUCAAAAGUUCAGGAACGACUAUAGAUGAUGCUGCCAUGAAUAGGAAUCAAAAUCAAGAAUCCGUAAAAUAAAAUAAAAGUCCUAUUAUUGUAAAUGAAGCAUUUCUGGAUAUGCCCACUUUUUUUUAAACACAUAAAAACAAAACAAAGGUUUCAAGUGAUUUCUGAUGUAAUGGUAAUAAAAUAUGAUUAUUAAGUCUCAACCGACAAAGAUAUGAAUGCGGAAGAUUUUUGAUUUAGUGAAUAAAACUCAGAAUGUGUUACAUUUAAUGUAUUCUGUUUUGUUUCUCGGAAAAUGAAUAUAUAUAUAAAAAAAUGUUUACCUUUACAGUACCCAGUCACUUCACAAUGAUGAAAUUGAUGGUCAGCAGUUGCCUGGAAGAAUAGCAGAAAGUCCCUUUGGGUCUUUGGGAUCAUUUUCCCAACUAAACAGCCCAGGAAUGAUGUCCCCUUCUUCAUCCAUACAUUACUUUGACCAGAACCCAGAUGCUUGCAGUCACCCAGCGUUGUCUAUGAUAGCCAACCAGUCAAAGACAUUUUCACGACUUUCUACAAAGGGUCAUGCCAACAGUUGCCCUGCAUCAGUUGCCAGUUCUAGCAUGGACAUCCCUAUUCUUCUUGUAAAUGGAUGCCCAGAAAGUCAAGACAGAUCCUCUAUGUCUUCGACAAGUUUCCAUGGAAGCCAAAGACGAAAAAGUUCCUCCAGUUUCAAUAGAGCGAAUAAGACCUACUCAGAUUCUUCCAUCUCAACCUUUUCUGACAGUAAGUUUACAGUUUUAUGAGACUGGUGUUCCUAACAAUGCCUGGGAACGUUAAGCUUACAGUAGUCUAGCUCUACUAUGUGCUGUUAAAUACGGUAAUGAAAAAUAAUCAUAAUUAACACUAUGUUUAGAAUACAACUCUUCCUGCUAAGGAAGGACUUCUAUAAACAAAUUAUUUUAAUAAGAACAUUAUACUGCUGGUUUAUAAAAUAAAAAAUAAAAUAAAUAAAAAGGUAAUAGUGCAAUAUGGUUUUCCUGAUCAUACAUGGCAGCAUUAACUUAUUUGUUAACUCCUCCCCUCACAGCAGAAAUUGGUAUAAAUAGAUCCACCCCUUCCCAUCAGGCAGUCUUUUUUCCUGUCCUUCUUGGGAGUUUGGAAGGAGUCUGCUUAAGCAGGCCUAGAUUUUUCUAUUAUGCUCACCAGGCCAAUAUUUUUGUAGGCCUUGUCUUAUGCAUGAACACCCAGCAUAUCUAAGUUUUAUAGGAGCGCCUCUUUGAAACAGAUAAAACAGACCGACGUGUUUGCUAUUGAAUAAUAUUUUGACCUUAUUAUUUUGUACAUUCAACAUUACUUUAAAUAAAUGGUUUCAGUGGAAUUUAAACGUGGUUAGAGGGGUCCAUCUAAUGUUUUUUUUGCAUCUGAGAAUAUAGUUCGCUGUUGUUUUUGAGGCAAGAGUUUGCACUAUCUCAAUGAAGUGAUCUGUGUGCUAUGUCCCUACCUGCUUAACCCUGCAACUACAAACAUUGCCAUUCUGCAGGAUUUUUUAUGUGACAGGGUUUUAAUGCCUCCUGUGGCGCUUCUCCAAAAUAGCAGAGUAAAACUAUUUCUGUCAGAUGGUCUUAUAGGUCCAUCUGACUGGUGUUGCACAGUGUUUGGGGAAAGAUAUGGGGAAACUUUGGAUUGACUGAGAUGAUCAGUCUGAAAUCAACGCAAGAGAAAAGGCCUAAACAGCUAAUAUGGCACUAUAUAGGGAGUGCAGAAUUAUUAGGCAAGUUGUAUUUUUGAGGAUUAAUUUUAUUAUUGAACAACAACCAUGUUCUCAAUGAACCCAAAAAACUCAUUAAUAUCAAAGCUGAAAAUUUUUGGAAGUAGUUUUUAGUUUGUUUUUAGUUUUAGCUAUGUUAGCGGGAUAUCUGUGUGUGCAGGUGACUAUUACUGUGCAUAAUUAUUAGGCAACUUAACAAAAAACAAAUAUAUACCCAUUUCAAUUAUUUAUUAUUACCAGUGAAACCAAUAUAACAUCUCAACAUUCACAAAUAUACAUUUCUGACAUUCAAAAACAAAACAAAAACAAAUUAGUGACCAAUAUAGCCACCUUUCUUUGUAAGGACACUCAAAAGCCUGCCAUCCAUGGAUUCUGUCAGUGUUUUGAUCUGUUCACCAUCAACAUUGCAUGCAGCAGCAACCACAGCCUCCCAGACACUGUUCAGAGAGGUGUACUGUUUUCCCUCCUUGUAAAUCUCACAUUUGAUGAUGGACCACAGGUUCUCACUGGGGUUCAGAUCAGGUGAACAAGGAGGCCAUGUCAUUAGAUUUUCUUCUUUUAUACCCUUUCUUGCCAGCCACGCUGUGGAGUACUUGGACGCGUGUGAUGGAGCAUUGUCCUGCAUGAAAAUCAUGUUUUUCUUGAAGGAUGCAGACUUCUUCCUGUACCACUGUUUGAAGAAGGUGUCUUCCAGGAACUGGCAGUAGGACUGGGAGUUGAGCUUGACUCCAUCCUCAACCCUAAAAGGCCCCACAAGCUCAUCUUUGAUGAUACCAGCCCAAACCAGUACUCCACCUCCACCUUGCUGGCGUCUGAGUCGGACUGGAGCUCUCUGCCCUUUACCAAUCCAACCACGGGCCCAUCCAUCUGGCCCAUCAAGACUCACUCUCAUUUCAUCAGUCCAUAAAACCUUAGAAAAAAUCAGUCUUGAGAUAUUUCUUGGCCCAGUCUUGACGUUUCAGCUUGUGUGUCUUGUUCAGUGGUGGUCGUCUUUCAGCCUUUCUUACCUUGGCCAUGUCUCUGAGUAUUGUACACCUUGUGCUUUUGGGCACUCCAGUGAUGUUGCAGCUCUGAAAUAUGGCCAAACUGGUGGCAAGUGGCAUCGUGGCAGCUGCACGCUUGACUUUUCUCUGUUCAUGGGCAGUUAUUUUGCGCCUUGGUUUUUCCACACGCUUCUUGCGACCCUGUUGACUAUUUUGAAUGAAACGCUUGAUUGUUCAAUGAUCACGCUUCAGAAGCUUUGCAAUUUUAAGAGUGCUGCAUCCCUCUGCAAGAUAUCUCACUAUUUUGACUUUUCUGAGCCUGUCAAGUCCUUCUUUUGACCCAUUUUGCCAAAGGAAAGGAAGUUGCCUAAUAAUUAUGCACACCUGAUAUAGGGUGCUGAUGUCAUUAGACCACACCCCUUCUCAUUACAGAGAUGCACAUCACCUAAUAUGCUUAAUUGGUAGUAGGCUUUCGAGCCUAUACAGCUUGGAGUAAGACAACAUGCAUAAAGAGGAUGAUGUGGUCAAAAUACUCAUUUGCCUAAUAAUUCUGCACUCCCUGUAGCUUUAGGAAUACACAUUUGUAUUCCUAAUAGUGAUGUCCCGAACGAUUCGCCGAACGGUUCGCCGCGGACGGCGAACAUAUGCGGUAAACUUUGACCCUGUACCUCACAGUCAGCAGACACAUUCCAGCCAAUCAGCAGCAGACCCUCCCUCCCAGACCCUCCCACCUCCUGGACAGCUCACUAAGAAUGCAGCUUCACAAUGAAUGUAAAAUGGAUGCUGUCCAGGAGGUGGGAGGGUCUGGGAGGGAGGGUCUGCUGCUGACUGUGAGGUGCAGGGUCAAAGUUUACCGCAUAUGUUCGCCGUCUGCGGCGAACCGUUCAGGACAUUACUAAUUCCUAACACUAAAGUGUUCCUUUAAUUUAUGUAAAGGGUUAAUCCCCUUUAAAUAGCUGAGUACUGAUAAGUUAUGAUUUACAGGCUAAUGUUUGUUUCAAACCCUUCAAAUCUUUAUGUGCACCAAGUAAUCGUUUUUUCCAUCCUACAUUCCUGUACUGACUGGUUAUAACUAUCCAGGUUAUGCAUCAAAGUGUGAAAUGUUCUAAAGGAAUUUUGCAUUGUAGGCCAAAAUAGCCAAAUUGUAAAAAGUCUCCAAGUCAGCUAUGUUAUCAUUUCAUCUACAUUUAUCUACAUUUGAUAUUUGCCUUUAUGUCACUUUAAAUUCAGACUUUACUGUAUAACCCUGUGUGACUUCAAGAAUGGUGAAAUGUAAUUGAAUGUUUCUGCAGGUAGGUAAGGAAGACAUAUUAAUGUGACAUUCUGUCGAAAUGGUUGCAAAAUUAGAAAAUCCGUAAAUAAUUUAUAUAAUUCCCUUUGGGCAUGGUAUCAUUUUCAGAUUGGAUCUUUUAGUUUGCCUUAGGUCAUUUUUUUUAAAAUUUUUUUUGCAAGCAAUAAAUACACUUCAAUUUUGUUUAGAAAUUUGGGAAAUUCUGACUCUUUGUAUCGUCUUGAAAUUCAUGUAGGUUCCAACAGAGAGGGGCAAACAGGCAUGAAAUUUGUAAUGGCCACUUCGAAGCAGUGGUUCCAGCCUAGCAUUACAAGAGACAAAGGUAAGGUAGUCGUUAUUAUCAAAUUCUGUACUCUACAGGCCUUUAAAAUAUCCCUCAAAAACACUUCUUUAGAGAAGCCUACAAGCUCUCCCCUUAAUGCCUCAUCCAUUAUAACCUCCUUCUGCUAUCUCGUGUGCUCCAUCAUCCUAAACAAUCCCUUGCCAUUCUUUAGGAACAUACAGAUCACAUAAUUCCCUUUGUGUAUUUCUCCUUCAUCUUUUUAGAUUGUCAUCUUGUUUGGCAAGGGUCCUCCUCAACGACUGUUCCAAUAUGUCAAUCACGUGUUGUUUGAAUUUAGUGUUUGUCUUGUUUACCUAUUGUAUGGCACCUGCAGAAUGUUAGCGCUAUAUAAAUAAUUGUAAUUCUAUGAUGACCAUGUGAUGAUCAAACUUCAUGCUGAGAAUUUUCAAUAACAUUAUUCCUAACCAGAUGAUUACCUAGAACACUGACGUCAUAAAAAAGUGAAAAUGCGUUUGGGUCUGGUAGAGCUCCAAAUCACAAAAUGUGUAAUUCACUAAAAUCUCCUUAUUUUUGAUUUUGGAAAAGCAAACAAACAGGGGUAUGUUUUAUUUUGAGCCAUGAUUGGCAGCAGGGAUGCUCAGUGACUCUCUUAGGCCCUGGGGUGUACUAAUGGGCAUAAAUCAGAACGAUGGUCUGAUUAGUAAAUUCAAGAUAUUCAAUGAAGCUAGAUAUAGGAGAGCUUCAAUCAGCUAGAGAAUCACCCAACAUUUUCAUAACUAAUAAAAUGCAGUGUAAAAUAAAAGAAAGGUUAAAUAGAUAUUUGUGUAGUCUAAUUCAUUGUGUGUGUAUACUUUGAUUUUUCUUCAGCUAUUGAGUUUCUGAAGGACAAAGAACCUGGAACAUUUCUUAUCAGAGACAGCACAACCUUCCGAGGGUCCUUUGGACUGGCCAUGAAAGUCCCUGGGGUACAAUCCAAAACAGGUAAGCAAAUGUGCUUCCAGUGAAAUUAUACCUAAAAUACAUGUAGAAGAUAUAAUAUCCAGAGAAGGGUUAAGAUCCCACAAAUUCCUGGACAGAAUUUCAGUCCAUUCUUCAUUCUUUACAUAAGGAAGGUAAAGUGGCCCAAGCAAGCUCAUGGUUCUGAUGCCUCUGUCUAACCUCUGGGCCCCCAGGCAGCCACCUAGCAUCACCUUAUGCUUUAUCCUGCUCUGAUAAUACCUUCUAAGAAGAUCUCUCUUUGUGUUGUCACCUACAACUCUGAAUUGCAGAAUCUACCCAGGGCUGCCUUGUUAAUAUGGGAUGCUCCUCCUUUCAUACUUUCUCCAAUACUUUAGUAAGUCCCCAAAAGUAGUUGAUGCCCUUCAAAAAUUUAACUUGGUAUUUAUCCACCCUCAUCUCAACCAACAUCUUCAAGAUAUUCACUAAAGUAAGAAUUAAAAGUAAAUUUCAAAUUUAAGGUACAAUUGCUGAACUGGAAACAUUCCCUAAGUCAAUCCUUCCAGUUUAACUACCUUGGCCUAGAAUGGUAAAUUCACUGUGAAUUUACGUUCUCUUCAGUGAUUAACCUUGUACAUCUCUGUUAUUUGAAGUAUCUGGCUCACUGUUUCCUUUACGCCUACGUUAUAGCAUAUCAUAUAUUCACUUUUGGAUACAUUGAACUUCUACCUUUCGUGUAAUUAAAUCAAAUUCCUUUAGACUGUAAUGUAAUUUGAGCAGUGCCCUUUUGAUCUCAUAUGCCUAACUUACUUUAUCACAAUUACUUGCUUUCCCUUUUAUACUACAUUAUAUGAUAUAUCCUUAUACAUCAUUAUUAUACAUCUGAAAGAUAGUGUCCUUGGUCCACUCGCCAUUGCUGUCCUCAAAGUGCAAAACAAUAGCAGCAAUUAUCAAUCAUCUAGUGUCCUGUUAAGAUAUGGGCAUUUCAGAUACAGUCACCUCUCCAACUCCACGAGAACUACAUGUAAGAUCUAUUUAACACAUUAUGACAAUCUAGAACCAAACAAGAAAGGUGCAGGAGACAUUGCAGUAUAUCAAUUAAGACUGUGUCACACACACAUGACUGUAAGGGUACAUACCCUUGUGCUACACUACAUAUCUUGAGCCCUUACCUUCCCAAAUAGGUUCCACAUUAGUUUCACACCAUCAGAUAUCUUUGCCAGCAUUACACCAGACGCUGUAGCACUGCCUCUUCAUGACAACAUUAAGCGCCGAACACUUCAUGCCAUCAUCAUGUCGACACCCACCCACAUUUGGGGGCAAGGCUAUCAAGGCAUAUACAUACUUGAGCUUUACAUCUGUUUAAUGCCUUGUUGUGAUUUACAUUCUGGUGAGAGGUAGUUUUAGAUUUAUUUCUGAUUCUUGGGUUAUUGAUUUUGGCUUGUUUCAACUAUUCUCCAUUCUGUAUCCCUGACCUUGGUUAGUUUAUCGACGCUGUGUACCUCUUUAGUCCCUGGCCUCGGCUUGUUUCUUGACAAUCCAUUUCCUUGUGUUGUGGUGUUGUGUAUGUUAAGCCCGGCCACUGUUCUCCUGGCCCUUUGCGGCUUUAUUUUGUGUGUUGGGUUAUACCCACCCUGACUUUGACUUGAUUAGUCACAUAAAAAUAGGAUAUACGAUUUUGCAAAGCACAAGUAUAAAAUAUCAUGUCAAUAUAUUCACCAGAGAACUAAUAUUGAAUUGGAAAAAUGUUGCAAAUAUCCUAUGGAGCUUCAAGCAGGAUAGACCAACAGCUGAAAUGAUAUAAACAUUCAACUGAAAUGAUGUAAUGACACUCCUAUUGUAUUGUACUUGUGAUUUGAGAGGUGUCUGCUAUCCUUUGUCUGAUUUUUAUUGUCUCAAACACAUUUUUAUAAAAAAAAAAAAACUGUACAAGAGUCCUUAAAUGCCCUUUUUUAUAAUAUAUAUUUAUAAAAUGCAUAUGUACACUCCUAUACAUAGAAAGAUAUUGAAUGAUUUCACAUGUAAAGAUUGGGUAAGAGUAAAGAUUAUGGCUGAUUCAAUUAACUGAUAUCUCGUAUGAUACUGACAUAUACAACGAUAUAUCAAUAUCCUCUCAACGAGAAUCUGAGCCAAGUCAUACAAACAUGUGAUUGACAAAUUAUCCUGUUCAAUGACAACUUGUGCUUUUAUUUUCUUCAAAAGGGAAAUCAGCCCAAUUUUUAAGAUCCUGUAUAGAUCAAUUGGAAUGAUUGUCAAUUCUGUAGAUCAAAAGGGGAAAAAAGUGGACAAUACAUCUUAAGUGUAUAAUCACAGAUAAGAGAAAUAUUAGUCAGAACUCUGCUAAAAGGGAAUUCGAUAUGGCUGUAUCUCUCUCCCACUGCAAAAAAAGUAUUUAUUAGUGCCUGACUCACCAUGACUCAUAAUCCACUUGCUUUGCAGUUGAUAAGGACUCUCAUUAAUGUGCCUCACCCAUCAGUAAAUGGAACGCGUGAGCCAAACCAAUAACGAGAUUUGGCUAUUUCUUUCUUGAGAAUCUGUUUCACAGAAUUUCAUUACCUACCUUCAAUUGUUGCAAUCCUCAUCAAAUAUUUGCAUCCCUUGAUAACCAUUUGCAGCACUCUUAUCACUCUAUGCGUCUGUUUACCCUUUAUUGGGCUUUAUUGCGCUGUACUUCUGACGUUAUGAUUUAUAAAAUUGUAGGAUAUUCUAUUAACAACAAUUAAAUACUGAAUUCUGGCAACCAGUAACACAACUCAAUUGUUUUCAAUAGUUAAUCGACCCAAGGAAUAUAAUAUAAAAUAUCUGUUAUCGGAUUUUCUGCACAAGCUGCUUUAGUGAAGCUGGCCUUAGAAUGAAACAAGUUAUGAAGAGAUAAAAUAUGACUCAUAAUAUCAGUACACAGAGUGAACAAUAUUAUCACUCUGUUUUCCAUGAUUUAAGUAAAGGUACAGAAAAAAUACAAUGUUAGAUGAGAUGUUCACAUUUACGGUUCCUCCGACAGGCAAGGACUCGAGUGAACUUGUACGACAUUUCCUGAUUGAAUCAUCAGCCAAAGGUGUUCACCUAAAAGGUGCAUCUGAUGAACCAUACUUCGGUGAGUGUAAAGAAACUUUUUUUUUAAAGUAGAUUAUAAUGACUGUAGAACAGAGCAGAUGUGGCCAACACGUGAUUGUCCAACUCUUGUGGACAACAAAACCAGCUCUGGAUAAGUGUGCCAUGUAAGAAUUGGUAACUAAAUAUACUGCAUACUCCAGAACUUAGAAACUGAUUUGAAAUUAGUUCAAGAUAAGUCUAAGAAAUUGCCAUAAUUAAUUAUUAUAGGGGCACUAUAGGCACCCAGACCACUUAAUCUCAAUGAAGUGGUCUAGGUGAUGUAUCCAUGUCCUUCAAGCUCUGCAAUGUAACAAAUUGUAGUUUUUUUUAGAAACUGUAUGUUUACACUUUUGUUGCACUAGAUGUGACUUCAAUGUGGAACUUUGAAUGAGCAUGUGAUGCUUACUGCACAUGUACAUUGGGUCCCCAAUGCUUCCUUUAAGAAUAAUUUCACAGGAGACAGGAAAAGAAACUGGUCCUUUACAAUAUAUAACCAGAAGUAAGGUUUUAUUAAAAUUAACACAUCAAUCUGCUUUAUAUGUAUAUGCAUUUUAUGUGUACGAAUAUGUUUAACUGCAUGUUUCUUAGAAUAAGUAAACACAGUCUAAUCCCUUACUGUUCAGAAUGUAAUAUGUUUCUUCAUUAUUUUGAGGACAUCAUUUAUAGAGCCGUCUAAUGCUGCAAUCAAAUGUCAUCUUUUAAGACCUAUGAACACAUUUAGGUCAAAUGAUUGAGUUUAUUAAUGUCACAAUCAUAUGGCACACAUUUUCAAUAAUAUUCCAAGUUUCACAUGACUAUGAACUUUUAUUCCAUAAUCUUAAUCUCAUUUUAAGUACAUAACCGUACUCUUAUCAGUAAUGACCUGCUGUAUGACUGGGAUGAGGUUAGAAAAUCUGCAGAAGUUGCUUUGAUAAAUGUGUGUCAAAAAUAGUUUGCCUUCUUGUGAGACCUUGAUUGUCCUCACUUGGUUACAUCCGGUAUAAUCAGAACGUCCAACACUUGACCAAGUGUCAGUGUAAAGUCUCGCAGUCUAAGCAACAGAUGUAAUAACCACCAUAAACAAUUCCAUAGUGUUAUCAUUCUCUACAUAUCAGACGAUAAGUUUGACAUGAUUGGACUUUCGACCUCAGAGCAAUUCACUUUUCUGCGACAUUUCUAACACUUGGCAUGUCUUGCCUUUCAGGAAGUCUUUCUGCACUUGUACAUCAACACAGCAUUACUUCUUUGUCUCUACCUUGCAAAUUAUUAAUCCCAGAUAAAGGUAUGUACCAAGAAUUAUCACACGUUAACUCAAGAGGGAUAGCAUGUCUAUAGUUGUAUUGCAAUACAACCUCUAAAUUGACAAGACUUUUGAUAAUGGGGGUAUUUUACCAACGAUAACUCAAGAGUGGGAGAAAGGGUUUUUAUCUCUGACUGCUUAUUUUUUCCAAGUACUGAUACACUUAAAAUAGAAAUUCAAGUGUUUCCAAAACUUAGGCUGCCAUGGUCUAAGUCCUUCCAUCAAUUGCUUUAAACAUGUUGCGUAACAUCAAGUGGCCUUAGGUUUAGUUGAAAAUUUGUCUGAUCUUAACACUUUGUGAUCUAUCAUCAAAAUGUCUAUUAGUCCCAUGCCUUGAUGAGAAGGGGUGAAUGUGGACUUUUAAUAUAAUUAACAUCGUCUUCCACACAGAUCAGCAUAACGGGGAAAGCAGUCCGGAUUCUCCUCCAGGACCCGCUGUGUCUGAGCUAAACACAUCAGCUGGUGAGUUCUAGAUUCAAGAAGUCCAAAGAAAAUACACAAUAUUUUUCACUGAAAGAAUUUGCAUCACAACCAGACUGUGUGCCAGUUGUAGUCAUGAAGCUUUUGAAAAAGAGAUGCAUGGCAUGAGACAAAUGUUUCAUAGGUGCCUUUGAAUAAUGCUAAUGAUAAUCAGAGACACAAGCCACCAUGUUGAUAUAGUCUAUGGGGCUUAUUCAAUAAAUAGAAAGCUGACAAGGGAAUAGCAAGGUAUAGGGCAAAUAUAGUCAACUUGGAUAUUUUUUCAACUUGUCUUCUUUGCACCAUAAUAUACUAUUGUCCGUUCUCUACUUUUGCCAUCAUAAGGAAUAAACCCGUGAUUUUUCCAGCCAAUAUAAAUAAUGAAUAGAGAAAUGUACAACAAAAUGGUUGUGGAAAUAUAAUGAUCUAUUAAUGAAUUUAGUGCACGCAAAGCUCAACUUUGUGGCAGGUCCUUUAUAAACAGAUUCUGGAUUUUGACAUUAGUUGAACAGAUAUACAGCAUCAACGUUUUGUGAUAGCAGAAGGUUAAGGUUGAGACCAGACAUGGUUUAAGUUGGUGUUGAAGAGGUCUUCAGACUAUGUUUAAACUAAAAAAAAAUGAGACCAAAAUAACACUCAUUUAUAAGUGAUCUGUCUUCACCUGGCAAUGCACCCAAGGGAGAGAGUCAUCCUGGUCGAAAGUUAAUAUUUGUUUGCUUGCUCAUAGCUAUAGCAACAUACACAACAUUUAGGCUUGGACUUGGACUCUCUACCUGUUAGGUGUGUGAGAAGAAAAAACAAACUAUCUUAUAGUUCUUGUAGUAAUAACAAAGUGUUUUAGCUCAUUUCUGUAUAACACAGAUAUUUUGUUUCUCCCACAGCAUGCAAUGUCCUGUAUCUAAAUUCCGUCAGUACUGAGACACUGACGGGGUCAAGUGCAAUCCAGAAAGCUGUAUCUGCUACCUUUGAGAAGUCUAACCUACCCAUGCAAACCAUCGUACACUUCAAAGCCAAUGAGCAAGGCGUUACUUUGACUGACGUCCAGCGCAAGUAAGGACAAAAUCCACAUAAUGUAAUGUUGCCAUUGAGUUGGUGUUCUGCCGCAUGUAACUGACAUGUCUGCUCUUUUUCCAUGUAGAGUUUUCUUCCGCCGUCAUUAUCCACUUUCAACCCUAAACUUCUGCAGUGUGGAUCCUGAGCUAAGAAAGUAAGACCACCAUUUAAUCUUUGGCACUGUUUUUAUGUAACAAGAGGAGAUAGAGAGAAGUUAUAUAUAAAGUAAUAGGAGUUAUACAGAGUGGUAAUUUGGUGUAAUAGGAAGAGUUAUAGGGAGAUGGUACACUGUAUGGAAUAAUGAGAGGAGUUAUGGGGAGAGAUCAUAUGGAGUAAAAUGAGGAGUUAUAGUGAGAGGAUAUAUGAAGUAAUAGGAGGCGUUAUAGGGAGCAGCUAUAUGAAGUAAUAGGAGGAGUUAUAGGGAGAGGAUAUAUUGAGUAAUAGGAGGAGUUAUAGGGAGAGGUUAUAUGGAGUAAUAGGAGGAGUUAUAGGGAGCAGCUAUAUGAAGUAAUAGGAGGAGUUAUAGGGAGAGGAUAUAUUGAGUAAUAGGAGGAGUUAUAGGGAGAGGUUAUAUGGAGUAAUAGGAGGAGUUAUAGAGAGAGGUUAUAUGGAGUAAUAGGAGGAGUUAUAGAGGGAGGCAAUUUUGAGUAAUAGGAGGAGUUAUAGAGAGAGGUUAUAUGGAGUAAUAGGAGGAGUUAUAGGGAGAGAUAUGGAAUAAUAUGAGGAGUUAUAGAGGGAGGCUAUUUGGAGUAACAGAAGCAGUUAUAGAGAGAUGUUAUAUUGAGUAAUAGGAGGAGUUAUAGUAAGAGGUUAUAUGGAGUAAUAGGAGGAGCUAUAUGGAGACGUUAUAUGAAGCAAUGGGAGGAGUUAUAGGGACAUGGUAUACUGUAUGGAAUAAUAGGAGGAGUUAUAGGGAGAGGUAAAAUGGAGUAAUAUGAGGAGUUAUAGAGAGAGGUUAAAUGGAGUAAUAGGAGGAGUUAAUUAGAAAGGUUAUAUGGAGUGAUAUGAGGAAUUAUAGGGAGAGGUUAUAGAGUGAUAGGAUGAGUUAUUGGGAGAGACUAUAUGGAGUUAUAGGAGGAGUUAUAAGAAGAGGUUAUAUGGAGUAAUAGGAGGAGUUAUAGGGAGAGGUUAUAUGGAGGGAGUAAUAGGAGGAGUUAUAGGGAGGUUAUAUGGAGUAAUAGGAGUUAUAGAGAGAGGUUAUAUGGAGUAAUAGGAGGAGUUAUAGGAAGAUUUUAUAUGGAAUAAUAGGGGAUGACCUUGAAAUUGUUGAAAUUGGGAAUUGUUUGAAAUAUUAUAUGAAGGACAAGGAGACAUUAAGUAUAUGGAGAUUUUAUAGGCAAAUGCUGUAUUGAGCGCUAUAUAAAUGUAUGUAAAGGGAGAACUCAAAUGAUGAAAUAGCAGGUACAUGUUGUAGAGCAAUAGGGGUCCUAUUGGUGUUAGUAGACUGCAGAUACAUACUGUGUGUAAUGAAAGUGAAGUUGAUGCCUGGUGGGGCCAUGAUGUCAGCUUUGCUGAUUCCAGUCUACCUUACUUGCUGGGACAUGAUUAAGGGGCGUCUGUGAUUCUCACAAUAUUUCAUUACAAUGUGGCUGCAGGGAAACUUUGUGGUGGAGAUAUGAUUAAUGGAGCCUGCAGUCACAGCCAAGCAGUAUGAGAAAAUGAGUAUAUUUAUGUGUCCUGCCAAGAUAGCUAAACUCACACGUCUAUGUUUGUUUCUGAGUUAGGAUGCCUUGAAUGCUUCCACUGACAUGUUGGAGCUCACCAUUUAUGAUGCAAGCAAUGUUUGCAGAUGCUUAUCAUGGUGGCUUUGUUCGCUUCAGCCAUAUUGAAGACCCACAUAUUGUCAGUUGGUAUGUAAAAUGGGCGUUUUGUCAAUGUGUAGCUCUCAUUAGCAGGCAGAAAAAACACAACCACAUUGUCCUCUGCCAUGAUUUAAUAAUUGGUGUUCUGUUUUCCUUAUAAAACCAAACUUGGAAUUUCUGUCUGGUUUAAAUUGGCACUCAAACUCCGAAACAAAAAUAUCUCAAACUACAUGAGCUGGCCAUUUAUGAAAUGUGAAUUAACAACCUUUAUAUCAAGGAUUUCAAAACUGCAGGAUUCUUAGCCAUUUUUUGAAAUCAACCACCAUGACCCUGGUAGAUACUGUAUGAGAGUGGAGGCAGUAGAUCAGCAAUAAAGGGCAAAGGGUGGUUUGACUCCGACAUAGGUCAUUUUCUAAGGUGUCUCAUUUUGGACACAUUUAUUCAAAACAGGUAAUGAUUUUUAGGUAUUGCUGCAAUUCUUAUUUUCUGCCAAUAGAUGGAAAUCUCUGCCUCUUAAAUUUCUACAUCUUUAUAUUUUUUUCACGUUCCAGGUGGCAAAAGCAUUGCAGAUCUUCAAGGUAAAAACCUCUUUUACAAUUCUCAGUUUUUGCACGCUUUCCGUUUUAUACAGUUCUUCUCUAAAUUCAGACAUUUAUUUGCUUUCACGUAAUGUCAUUUCAAUAGAACAGUGGACACGCACUCAUACGCAUAUUGACCAGAGGAGCUUAGCCGAAAUGAGGUUAACACAACUUCCACAGAGUAAUCCAACAUUAUAGAUAUCCAGGAACUCAAGUGUUACCUCAAAGGCAGAUUUAAUGGAGUUUAGUGUAAAAACACGGCAACAUUUCAACAACUAUCUGUGGUCUUUAUCAAUAGACCUCAGACAGAUAAAGACCUCAUGUAGAAGUCAAAACAUUGGUGCCUUCGAAGUAACCCUUGAGUGCCCGGAUUUCUCUCCAUGUUGUUAAAGUAAUUUAGGUCAUCAUUAGCUUGUGAUUGGAGAUGGAUACAAACAACCUUAAAGGAUCACUGUAGUGUCAGGAAAACAAAGCGGUUUUCCUGACACUAUAGUGCCCUAAGGGCGCACCCACACUCAGGGUCCCCCUCCCGUGGCGCUGUGGGGGUUAAAACCCUUUCAGCAGCUUACCUUUAUCCAGCGCCGGGCUCCCUCGGCGCUGGUGACCUCUCCUCCCCCGCCGACAUCAGCUCCCGAGUGGAGCGGAAAGCAAUUGCGCGGAAAGUGCCGCGUGCGCAUUCAAACAGUCCAUAGGAAAGCAUCUCUCAAUGCUUUCCUAUGGACGUUCUGCCCGCUGGAUGCGAAUUUCGCAUCCACCGUCGCAGAUGCACCUCUAGCAGCUGUCAGGAAGACAGCCACUAGAGGCCAGAUUAACCCUGCAAUGUAAACAUAGCAGUUUCUCUGAAGCUGCUAUGUUUACAUCUGAAGGGUUAAAACCUGAGGGACCUGGCACCCAGACCACUUCAUUGAGCUGUAGUGGUCUGGGUGACUAUAGUGUCCCUUUAACUUUGUUAUUGCCAUAAUAAUCACAAUCAGGUAUAUAAGUCAAUAAAUAACCAUAAGCAGACACCUAAUCAAACAUAUGAUUACCAUUUCUUAUAAAUGAGAAUAUACUUGUAUGUUACCUGCCAAAGUACAUUUUAUAUUUAAAGGGACACUGCCGUCACUACAACUAUUUAUCUCAAUUAAUUGGUUAUAAUGCCUAUAAACUAAACAAAGAAUGGGUCAGUGACUAACGAUCAAAAGCUACACAGGAAUAGGUGAAUACCAUAUAAGUUAUUUGUACGUCAGUGCUAUUUAAAUAUAUAUUAAUGUGUAAGUUAAGUUUAUAAUCAUAGAAUAUUCAUGGAGAUGGGGCAAUCUUUCCCUUUUGAGUAAAAUCUCAACAACAUUCAUACGUAAUCUGUGAAAUAAAACAUACUAAAACAGCGUAGAUGUUUAAAACAAUACUUGUUUUUAGAGGGAGAAAAUUAUAGAAGUAAUCAAGAAAUAUUUCUGAAUUUUUUUUUUUAAUACUGACGAUAUAUUCCAUAUUUUAUGUAUUUAUUCAGGAUUUUUGGAUUUGUUGCGAAGAAUCCAACUGAUGCCUCUGACAACGUGUGCCACAUCUUUGCAGAGUAUGACGCUAUUCAACCAGUUUCACCUCUAAUUACUUUCUUAACAAACCUGAUUCAACAACAAGAAAAGGUGUAAUUUCUUCAGUUACCACUAGAGGAGCCUUGUUUUGACAUAUAUCCAUCACUUGCUCCCUUGAGAUAUGGAUUGCACCCUCUUAAACCACAUGUUCUAUAUUUCGUACUCCAGAUAAACCUUCUAGAACGGACAUGGUUUUAUACCUGAAAAAACGACUACUAUUGAAAAGGAUAAAGUUGGGAUUGUAGCCAACAUUCUAAGGAAACUGUGUUCACACUUUGAUCCACCACUGACCUCGAUCAGCAGAGAAAACAUUUUUUUUUAUUUUUAUUUUUGUAUUGCCUGCAUAAUCUACUUCCAAGACACACAGCCCCCAUGCCCUACCUUUUAGAUUAUCACAAUUCUUUUCUAUGAAACUCUACCCUGAUGCGUCUCACUAAUAUGUUCGUGUGGGAAUAAUGGCUAGGUAAGCAUUUUGCACUAAUGCUCACAGAUUUCUAGAUACGCGUGUAGCUAUCUUUUUUUAUCUUAAAUUAUGUUUUGCAUAAUUUCUUGUGUUGCUUAAAUUCCCGAAACACUCAAUCUUUGUCUCUCAGAGGUAGCAUCCUAAGGAUCCAUAUUGACUAUGGUGACAUCACCAUUCCACUUCUUAUAGAAAUUUCUGAAAUCAAAGUGAAAAAUUAGUGAUAAUUCUAUAUUAUUUUUUAUUAUUGUUUUAUUAUUUAUAUAGCGUCAGCAAAUUCCACAGCGCUGUACAAUGGGCUAUAUGUACAGUUCUCCUAUUUGUAGGAGUAUAGCCUUUGAGGACCUUUAUAAUAAGGUGUUUUUUUUUAAUUAUUAACUUAGUCUUAAGCAGGGCAUAGGUGAUAUAACAAAUAGCCACUGUUUCAGACUGCCACAGUGUUAAAAGACACUGAAACAUCAUAUCUGCUCUAUUAACAAUUACUACUUUAAGUAAACAAGAAUCUGUUGCUAUAAAUUUUUACGUUGCCAUUGUUAGAAUGUCUUAGAAUUCUUUGUUUUAUACUUUUCAUUAUAUUUAUAUAUUUGUCUUUUGUAUUUGUUAAAUAAAGUAUUUUUUUUCAAAUAAAA